CACCGCCUCCUCCCUCCCUCCCCCCCGACUCGCCCGCGCCCAAACGUCUCGCGACGAGCUCCUCUUUUUCCUUGGUGAGAUUGGUUUUUGCCUAGAUCCGCGCGCGGCUACUGGGGGGCGCUGAAACGAGCCCGGGAACGCCAUCGUUCGUUCUCGCCGUGCGGCCGUGCGGGUGAGGCCGUGAGGGGGGAGAGGGAGGUGGGUUUGGUUCCCGUUCUUGGAUGGUCGUUGUUGGGUGGGGUGCGCGAUGGAGUUCUGGCCGGAGUUCUUGGCGAGCAGCUGGGGGAAGGAGUUCGUGGCCGGGGGCGUCGGCGGGAUGGCCGGGGUGCUCGCGGGCCACCCGCUCGACACGCUCCGCAUCCGCCUGCAGCAGCCGCCGCCGCCGGCCAGCCCCGGGAUCACCGCCGCGCCGGGCCGCCCUGCGUCCGCCGCCACGCUGCUGCGCGGCAUCCUCCGCUCCGAGGGCCCCUCCGCGCUCUACCGCGGCAUGGGCGCGCCCCUCGCCUCCGUCGCGUUCCAGAAUGCAAUGGUCUUCCAAGUCUACGCGAUCCUGUCGCGAUCGCUCGAUCCAACGAGCUCCAUCUCGGAGACACCGUCCUACGCGAGCGUGGCGCUCGCCGGCGUCGGCACCGGGGCACUGCAGACGCUGAUCCUGUCCCCCGUCGAGCUCGUCAAGAUCAGGCUGCAGCUGGAGGCGGCGGGGCAGAAGCACCGGCUCCCGGGCGGCCACCGCGGCCCGGUGGACAUGGCGCGGGACAUCCUGCGGAAGGAGGGCGUGCGCGGCAUAUACCGCGGGCUCGCGGUGACCGCGCUCCGGGACGCGCCGGCGCACGGCGUGUACUUCUGGACGUAUGAGUACGCGCGGGAGCGGCUGCACCCGGGCUGCCGGCACGGCGGGCAGGAGAGCCUCGCCACCAUGCUCGUCUCCGGCGGCCUCGCCGGCGUCGCCAGCUGGGUCUGCUGCUACCCGCUCGACGUGGUGAAGUCGCGUCUGCAGGCGCAGAGCUACCCGCCGAGGUACCGCGGCAUCGUCGACUGCUUCCGGCGGAGCGUCCGGGAGGAAGGGCUCCCCGUGCUGUGGCGCGGCCUCGGCACCGCCGUCGCGCGGGCGUUCGUCGUCAACGGCGCCAUCUUCUCGGCCUACGAGCUGGCCCUCCGGUUCUUGGCCAGCAGCAGCAGCAACGACCAGAGGCUGGUCAUGGAGGAGAACUGAACUGAACUGAACUCUCUGCACCGUGCAAGAUUCUGCACAGCUCGCGCUGCAUGAGGCUGAAGCUACUCGCAAUGGCAGCCAUGCGUGUGUCUGAGGUAUUGUACAUAGCCUAGUAGUAUUCAUUGGCAGAAGUUCUGAGGCUCGUAGCGUCACAGGAUAAGAUUUUCAGGGAGCGUCGUUGCUGCAGAGUUCAUGUAGAUUGGCAUUAUAGGCGUGCCAAAUGAUGAUGAUGAUGAUCAAUUCCCCCCUCAUUGUCUGGGGACAUGCACAUUUGCUGGUGUAUUGCUAUUACAGAUACAGUGAAAAUCAUUUGAGACAGUGAGGCGGUUAUGAAA